AUAGCCUGAUGAAGACCCGGAUGGGGUCGAAAACGUUCGCUGAUGUAUAAAAUUCCAUUAGAGUAAUAUAAUCUCGCACUAGAGUUCAAUGAAUGUAAGCAAGAUGGCGGCUUCCACCGGCAGUUCAGGUGUAGUCAUUCCAAGAAAUUUUCGUCUCUUAGAAGAACUAGAACAAGGACAAAAAGGAGUUGGAGAUGGUACUAUUAGCUGGGGCUUGGAAGAUGACAGUGAUAUGACUCUUACUCAUUGGACAGGCAUGAUUAUUGGUCCUCCUAGAACACCUUAUGAAAAUAGGAUUUAUAGUUUAAGAAUUGAAUGUGGACCACAAUAUCCAGAUGAACCACCAAGUGUCAGAUUUAUUUCAAGGAUCAGAAUGACAGGUGUUAAUGAAAAUACUGGCGUGGUUGAUCGACGAGCUAUUACAGUAUUAAGUCGUUGGCAACGGAAUUAUUCUAUUAAGUCUGUCCUUCAAGAAUUGCGUAGAGCAAUGACUUUGAAAGAUAACCAGAGGUUGAACCAGCCACCUGAGGGAACAGUUUUUUAGGAAAUAUAAAUGUGAAGUUAAGCAUGCAAGUCAUUACUAAGAAAUUUCAGCAAUCAUUCAAGACUGUUCUGUGCCUAAGAUAAUUUGCUAAAAUGGAAAGGUAAUUGGUGAAUUAUAUAUGGGAUCUACAGAUUUUAAUGUUGUAUCUGUGGCCCCUUAUACUGCAUGCAUCUUGUAAACAGUUUGAAUAUUUAAAUAUUUGUUGAACAUUAUAUUACUUGAAUUCAGUGUUGUAAAUUUAAUUGUCAUUGUAAUUUCAAUAUGAUUUUGUUUUAAUAAUAAAAAAUGAAAACUGGUUGUUGUCAAUAAUAGUAAUAGCAGAAGGGGCCACUAGAUGUGAAUGCCAUAUGUUAAUGUUUUUUCUUAGGAAAGAAAAAUAAGAAAAUCACAUUUAAUAUUCCAAUUCCAUAUUCUCUACUACAUUUAUCCUCUGAUCUCACUGGGUGGUGUUUUUGCAGCGUUUGUGAGACAGUAAUGUUUAAUUUUGCAUGCAUAAGUGCCACACCAUCUUGAUCUGCAUUGCCUUGCAAUGUCCCUUUCGUGAACACAGCUGUGAAAGAAUGAUGGAGUUUUCAUUUGUGUAUUUUUUUCUUAAAUUUUUUUUAAACUUAGAUAUCAUUCCUCAUAUAUGAAAAUUUAGUUAAAUUGUUUUCUAUAUAAUUAUCAAAGAUGUGGAAAUAAAUAUUUAUUCUAUGUCAGUUAUAUAAGAUUUGUUACCAAAGUUUUUAGUACAUAAUUAAAAAUAAGAGAUCAUAGAUGAUACAGUAAUUUAUGUACAGCUUCUUAUAAAAGAAUGUAGCUGCAGUAAUUUAGCAAUGAUUACUGAUAUGAUAACCAAUUUAAACUUUCAUUCUGUGAACCAGAAAAUUUCUUUCAAAAGUUACCUGUAAUGAUUAUAAUUUUGCUCAAUGAUGAGUUGUCUAUAAACAGUUUUUGUGUCUAUGAUCACAAUUGUCACAAUUUUUGAAGAUAAACUAAAUGAAAUAUUUCAGCUUGCUAUUGUAUAUUGUUAUUUCUGUUACGUGAAAUAAUUUUCUUACCAGUUCACUGUAAAUGGGCCAUAUUUUUUCCUUCCUUCAUAAUUAUUUGUCUUUAGUGAAAAUUGAAAAUAAUUUUAUUGUAUACUCCUGGAAAAUAUUAGAAUUGUAAUACAUGUUUGGUAAGCACAAAGAAGCAAUUUACAAACCUCUGUUGGCAUUUACUCUACUAGAAAUGAUUGAACUGUACAGAAUUAUUGUCUUAAAAUUAUUGAUACUCACAUCUUUCCCCCAAUGUAGAAAUACAAAGCCAACAGAAAUAAAAUUGCAUAUAUGAUUCUAAA